CAGUACGGUCGCGCUUAGGUGUGUGUAGGCGGAAACUCUGUGGCUUCCGGUCCGUAGUGGGGCCUACGGUGGGAGGGGUAAGGGAGGCGGAGGGAACCAUGCGAGUUUCUGAGAUCAGCGGCGGGAGUCGCCUCGAGAGACCGUUUCUGAGCAGGAAUUCUGAAAUCCCCAACACUUCCUCCCUCUGGGGGAUUUGAUCCCCCAUGGCCACCGCUAACAGCAUCAUUGUGCUGGAUGAUGAUGAAGAAGAUGAAGCAGCUGCUCAGCCAGGGCCCUCCCAGCCACCCCCCAAUCCUGCCUCACCUAGGGCUGAAGCCCCUGGCUCCUCUGAGCCCCAUGGGGCUGGAGGAAGCAGUAGUUCGGGCAGCAAGAAAUGCUACAAGUUGGAGAAUGAGAAGCUAUUUGAAGAGUUCCUUGAACUGUGUAAGACACAGACGGUGGACCACCCUGAGGUGGUCCCAUUCCUCCAUAACCGGCAGCAGCGUGCCCACCCUCUCUUUUUGGCCUCGGCGGAGUUCUGCAACAUCCUGUCUCGGGUCCUGUCUCUGGCCCGGAGCCGGCCAACUAAACUCUAUGUCUACAUCAAUGAGCUCUGCACUGUUCUCAAGGCCCACUCAGCCAAAAAGAAGCUGAACCUGGCCCCUGCUGCCACCACCUCCAAUGAGCCCUCUGAGAAUAACCUUCCCACAGACUCCUCCUUGGACCCCACAAAUGCUGAAACCACUGCCUCUGAGGCCUCAAGGACCCGUGGUUCCCGGAGGCAGAUCCAGCACUUGGAGCAGCUACUGGCAUUGUAUGUGGCAGAGAUCCGGAGGCUGCAGGAAAAGGAAUUGGAUCUCUCAGAAUUGGAUGACCCAGACUCCACAUACCUGCAGGAGGCGAGAUUGAAGCGUAAGCUGAUCCGCCUCUUUGGGCGUCUAUGUGAACUGAAAGACUGCUCUUCAUUGACGGGCCGUGUCAUAGAGCAGCGCAUCCCUUACCGUGGCACCCGCUACCCAGAGGUUAACAGGCGUAUUGAGCGGCUUAUUAACAAGCCAGGGCUUGAUACCUUCCCUGACUAUGGAGAUGUGCUGAGGGCUGUAGAGAAGGCAGCUGCUCGUCACAGCCUUGGCCUCCCCCGACAGCAGCUCCAGCUUAUGGCUCAGGAUGCCUUCCGAGAUGUGGGCAUCAGGUUACAGGAGCGACGUCACCUUGAUCUCAUCUAUAACUUUGGCUGCCACCUCACAGAUGACUAUAGGCCAGGCACUGACCCUGCGUUAUCAGAUGCUGCACUGGCCCGGCGCCUUCGGGAAAACCGGGAUUUGGCCAUGAGCCGGCUGGAUGAGGUCAUUUCCAAAUACUCAAUGAUGCAAGAAAAAAGUGAGGCGAGCGACAGAAAGAGGAAAAGAGCCCAGCUCCACCAAGGCACCUCUUCCCCCUCUGCAGACUCCCCCAAAGCCUCCUUGGAUUCUGGUGAGGGCCCUAGUGGAAUGGUAUCCCAGGAGUGUCCCACCACCUCUAGGGCUGAGACAGAUGAUGAAGAUGAUGAGGAAAGUGAUGAGGAAGAGGACGAAGAGGAAGAGGAGGAGGCUACAGAUUCUGAAGAGGAGGAAGAUCUGGAACAGAUGGAGGAAGGUCAGGGGAAUGAUGAAGAGGAGGCAGAGGAGGAAGCAGAUAAGGUUGGAGAUAAAAGCCCCAUGUCCUCACCACAGAUUUCCACUGAGAAGAACCUGGAAGCUGGCAAAGGGAUCAGCAGGUCUUCAAGGGAGCAGCAAAACAAAGGACUCAUAACGUCACCAUCAUUACUAUCGGAAGAGCCCCUGGCUCCGUUCAGCGUAGAUGCUGAAGGCAAUGGAGAACAGCCCGAGUUGCCCCUGGAGGAAGAGAGCCCUGUAUCUCAGCUCUUUGAGCUAGAGAUUGAAGCCUUGCCCCUGGAUACUACUCCUUCUCCGGAGGAGACAGAUAUUUCCUCUUCCAGGAAACAGUCAGACGACCCCUUCACCACUGUCUUAGAGAAUGGGGCAGCCAUUGUCACCUCCACUUCUUUCAAUGGAGGUGUCUCUCCUCACACCCGGGGAGAUUCCAGCCCUCCCUGCAAGAAAUCCCGAAAGGAAAAGAAGCAAACAGGAUCAGGGCCAUUAGGAAACAGCUGUGUGGAAAGGCAAAGGGCAGUGCAUGAGAAGAAUGGGACGAAGACAUGUACCCUGCCCAGCCCACCAUCCCCCUUGGCUUCCCUGGCCCCAGUUGCUGAUUCUUCCACGAGGGUGGACUCUCCCAGCCAUGGCCUGGUGACCAGUUCCUUCUGCAGCCCUUCUCCAGCCCGGCUGUCUCAAACCCCUCAAUCACAACCUCCUGGACCUAGUACUUACAAGAUGAGUGUGGCCACACAGUGCGAUCCAGAGGAGAUCAUCGUGCUCUCAGAUUCUGAUUAGCUGCUUUCCCCUCUCUUCACCUCCAAAAUGUUUGGGACAGCAUUUGGAGGAUGGUGGGAAGCAGAUGACUGAGAAAGGGAUGACUUGAGCUAAUCCCCUUUUGGUGGUGUUCUUUUUAAGAAACAAAAGGUUAAGUUUUACACAGAAAAAUAAUAAACAAUAAAGUUCUUUUCUUAUUGUA